UGCUGCCCCACUGCGUAGGUGAUUUUGUUCCUUAUCUCAGAAUUUGAAACGUGGUUUUUGUACGAGAUGUCAAGGAGUAGUAUCUCUUUUCAGCUCUGCAAAGUUCAGAGCCGUUCAACUUUUGAAGAAUUUCAAUCCGGAAGUCGUAUUUUUAUACCUAGUGCACUCGGUGACGUAAUAUCCUUCAUCGGCAACGUAGAAAGUUUUCAGCUUUAAUUGAUGUCUCUUUCUAUGGACAUUUUACAUCACAUAUAACCAUUCCACAGAUCUGUGAAUUAUCUGAUUGAGUCGUCUCUGAAGUCCACAAGACAUGGCCCAAGUUCUCCUUCCGGUGGCCACUACUCUCGCCUCGCUUUCAGUUCCCGCGCUAUGGGCCAGACACUGCAGCCAAUCAGAGAGCCGCGUCUUCUACGCAGACGCUGGCCACGUCACUUCCUUUUGGGACGCGGUCCAAACGUGCUCUCGGCUGAACGGCUUUCUCGCCGAGUUCCAAACCCCGGCUGACAACACGACGUUUUCCUACUUGAACAAAACGGCAGUGGCUCCGAAUGAGCACUUGGUGGUGGGCGCCGUGUCGUUUGGCAACACAUCUGUCUUCCGGUGGUACACGUCGGGCGAGAUCGUGGAGACGAUUGGUGACGUAGACAGCGCCAUGAACGUCAGCCGUUCGGCGGGCACGGAGGGAGAGAAGUGCUUUUUCCUCAUGGGGGGCCGCCUAGUCCGUGGUGUCUGCGAAGGCUGGGAGCCUCAACUUGUCCACGCGCUGUGCCAGAUAAACCUCCACGAGCAAAAGUUCCAAACCGGGGCCUGUACCCUGUGUAUGUGCCCGGGCAUGAGUAGACCGCAGUGUAAGACAACGGUGUGCGGCUGGCCGUGCGCUGAGCUCAUCGAGACAACCACGUGUGAGUACUACUACCCGUGCAGGAGCAAUAAAACAUCUGCCAGGGAUGCUGGUUCGAGGAACCCUGUAAUGCGAUCACGGGAAGAUGUCUCCACACCCACGUCCAGAAGAGAAUGGUGUGUGACGAGCCAGGCAUGUACGGGCGGGAGUGCGACAAGAGCUGUAAGGUACACCCCUCUGGUCUGUGCACGGGAUGUGAUCGAGACCACGGAGAUAGGUGUGGGGAUUGCAAGUACGGAUACCAUCUCAACGCUGCCGGCCUGUGUGACGAAUGCCCAGACAACAUGUUUGGCUUCCGGUGUCAAGAAGACUGUGAUGUCAGCUGCCCCGAGCAGAAAGGCUGCAACAAGUUCACGUCUGAAUGUAACG